UGUAAAAAAAUUGAAAUGAAAAAACCAAAUGAAAUCAAAUUAAUGAACAUAAAUAAUUCCAAAAUUAUAAAUCAAAAUGAACAUAAAGGAAAAUUCACAUUUUGGAACGGAGAUAUUUAUGAUGGAGAAUAUAAAAUAAAUAAUGAUCGAUUUCAAUUAAUUAAGCAAGGUAGAGGAACAUAUAUUACUGAUAACUUUGAUGUUUAUGAUGGUGAUUGGGAUAAUGAUACAUUUGCUAAUGCUGAUAUUCAUAUUAAAUAUAAUAAUGAUGCUCAAUAUCAAGGUAAAAUUGAUUCAAAUGGAAUAAUGAAUGGUCUAGGAACGUAUAUAUUUCCCGAUAAAUCCUCCAUUAAAGCCAUAUGGCAUAAUAACAUACCAUCUACAAAUGUUAUUUACAAAGAACCUCUUGGAUUCGCGUGGAUAGUCGAAGACUUAUCAAUAGAUUCCAUUACGUUUUUCGCUGGAAAUCAUUUUUGGACUGAUAUAUCUGACCAAAGUGCCACUUACUCCAGUAAUUCUUUCGAUCAAAAUGAAUCAAAUUGA